AUGGCACCACUCAUCAUAUAUGGCGCAACAGGGUACUCCGGUCGAUUAGCUAGCGAAUAUGCAAAAAGUCUCAACCUCGACUUCUCAAUUGCCGGCAGGACAGAGCAUAAGCUCAAGAGCCUAGCACUUCUACUCAACGUCUCUUAUUCAGUCUUCGAUGUCACUCAACAUGAUUUAACCGAUUCAAUACUAAGAGAAUCUUCCGUUCUCCUCAACUGCGCCGGUCCCUUCGCGCACACUUCCAAACCGCUUAUCGAAGCAUGCAUCCGAAAUAAAGUGCAUUACCUCGAUAUCGCAGCAGAAUUAGACAGUUACCAACACGCGCAGAAGCAUGACAAAGAUGCAAAAGAUGCCAACAUUAUGCUUAUGCCCGGAUGUGGAGGAAGCGUCGUGAUGUUAGGUUGUCUCGCUACUCAUGUUAUCGAGAAAGUCAAAACCCCGAUCAAAAUCGAAAUUGCCUUGCGUAUCGCUGGAACGAUAUCACGAGGAUCAGCAAAAAGCGCAGCAGAGAGUAUAACAAGCCAGUGUCUUCAGCUUGUAGACGGAUCAUUGGUUGGACAAGAUGUUAGCAACACGGCGGAGUUCGAUUUCGAUGAUGGAAGUGGAAUUGUUACGUCGGUUCCGGUGACAUUUCCUGAUCUUCUGACUAUACGGAAAUCUACAAAUGUGCUUAAUAUUGCAACAUAUGUAAACAUCUCUGAUGCGACCUUUCCGACUGGAGAUCUUGCUUUGUUGCCGGAGGGUCCGACGGCCGCGGAGAGGAAGAUAACACCAUAUCAUGCAGCAGUGAGUGUCACAUCUGAAGACGGGGUUAUACGAAAAGCUGCUCUUCAUAUAGUCAAUGGCUAUACCUUUACCUCAAUGGCAUCGGUACAAGCUGCGAAGCGAGUGAUGGAUCAUCAGGCUAUACCAGGCUUUCAGACACCCGUUGAAGUAUUUGGGAAGGAGUUUGUUCUCACUAUACCGGGCUCUGAGAUCGUGGAUCUCUGA